AGGCGGAAGUGGGAGCCGACACAGGUGGGCGGGGAAAAGGGGGCCAGCGGAGCAGGUCACACUUCCCUAACCUGACGGCCUCCAUGCUUCCCAGCCUUCUCGAGCGGUCUUGCCCCAGGCCUAGAAGCUCCUCAGCCCAUCGCGCGAACUUGACCCCUGUGUUGUUGGAUGGUGAUUGUUUCAAUAUCGCAGUCUGCAGAAGUUGUAUACAUCCAUCCCUGUCCAAAGAUCAGACUCCAUGAACCCACUGAGUUUGUGCCUUGUAACAACAUACGGGGAAAGUGGGAACGAAAAAGCACUCAGCUAGCUAGUAGUGUCUGAGAAUCUAGGCAGUUCUUCAGACAAUCGCCAUGGGUAUCCGAGGACUAAUGAGUUUUGUGGAAGAUCACAGCAAUGAAUUCUUCACUGACUUGAAGUUACGAGACACAAAAAUAAUCAUUGACGGCUAUGCUCUCUUCCACCGGCUUUGCUUCAACUCUAACUUGGAGCUCCGGUAUGGAGGGGACUAUGAUUCUUUUGCAGAUGUUGUACAAAAAUUUUUUGAAGCACUCUUUGUUUGUAAAAUCUGCCCAUAUGUUGUAUUAGAUGGAGGAUGUGACAUCUCCGAUAAAAAGCUUAAAACUUUAAAGGACCGAGCCAGGGAGAAGAUCCAGAUGGCCCAUUCCCUUUCUGUUGGUGGGGGUGGGUGUGUGUGUCCUUUGCUCAUCCGAGAAGUAUUCAUACAGGUUCUGAUCAAGUUACAGGUAUGUUUUGUCCAGUGCUUUUCAGAAGCAGAUCGAGACAUUAUGACACUUGCCAAUCAUUGGAAUUGCCCAGUGCUAUCUUCCGAUAGUGACUUUUGCAUUUUUGACCUGAAAAGCGGGUUUUGCCCAUUGAACAGCUUUCAGUGGAGAAACGUAAACACUGUCAAGGGUACACGAGACCACUACAUCCCUGCCAAGUGCUUCUCCCUUGACGCGCUCUGCCGUCACUUUGGCCACAUGAACAAAGCUCUCUUGCCUCUUUUUGCAGUGCUGUGUGGAAAUGACCACAUUAAUCUGCCCAUCGUGGAGACAUUCUUAAGUCAAGUCCGUCCUCCUCUUGGGGCUCCCAGUUCCAAGGGGAGGAGACACCACAGGGUGCUGGGACUUCUCAAUUGGUUGUCUUGUUUUGCUGACCCAACCGAAGCACUCGAUAAUGUUCUAAAACAUCUCCCCAAAAAGAGCCGAGCAAGUGUGGAGGAGCUUCUCUGCUGCUCCAUGGAGGAGUACCUGCAGUCCCAGGUGAGGCUGCAGGACUUCUUCCAACGGGGGACUUACUCCUGCCCAGACACCCUGAAUCUGGGUUUUCCGCCGUGGGUCCUUGUGGCCUUGGCCAGAGGCCAACUGUCCCCUUUUGUCAGCGAUGCUCUGGUGCUGGGACGGACCAUUCUGCACACACAGGUGGAAAACAUGCAACGAAUAAAUGCCCACAGAGUCUCUCUGCCCAUCCGGCAAGUCAUCUAUGGGCUCCUUGCCAAUGUUUCUCCACCUUCAGGAGACAUGGCCUGGAACAGACAGCCCCUUCAGCCUCGAGCUUUCAGUGAAGUGGAAAGGAUUAAUAAAAAUAUCAAAACAUCAGUGGUUGAUGCAGCAGAACUGCCCAAGGAUUAUUCUGACUUAAGCAGAUUGACAGAGCUCUCUUGGGCUAGACGGCAGAUGCUCUUGUUAGAAACACUGAAGGUGAAACAGGCCAUACUGGACCCAAUCCCUCCUGCGCUGAAGCUUCCCAUCGCUGUCAGCUGCUACUGGGUGCAGCACUCAGAGGUCAAGGCCAAGCUGCAACAUCUGCAAGCCUUACUGCUGGGGAUGCUGCUGGGGCCCUUGCACACCAUGAUCAACAGCUCUGAGGAGGAAGCUCUGCGUGGGGGUGGCGCUAAGAUGCUGUACGAAGAACUGCAACGAGUGAAGGCACAGCCUCCAGGCCAGGGGCUGGACUUGGAUGCAGCACACGUCUUCUGUCAGUGGCAGAGCUGCCUUCAGAUGGGGCUGUAUCUCAACCAACUGCUGUCCUCACCUCUUCCAGAGCCAGACCUACCUCGACUGUACAGUGGGCGGCUGGUACACGGGCUGUGCCGACAACUGCUGACGGCAGUCUCAGUGGAGAGUCUCCUGAGUGCCUGUCCUGAGGCCCAGCAACUCUAUGAACAACUGUUCAACGCCAUGAGGUCAUAUGCCCCUGCUGAACUAUUCUUACCAAAGGGCAAAUCAACAUCAAAAAAAAAAAGACAAAAGAAACAAGGCAACAGCUUGUCAAAGAACAGAGUGGGGACUGCCUUGGAUGCUAGGGGUUGGCACGAGAGAAGCAAUCGGUUUGGGCCGUUGAUGGUGGGGGCCUUGGAGGAGCACACGGACGGCUCAGAGCUCGGAUAAACUCAGUCUGCAGCCAGUAAUCUUCAUUCAUUCUUACUGAAAAUGUGCUACCUCCCUUGAAAUGAUUUUUUCUUGAGAAUUAAUCAGUUAGGGGAUAAACACUGCAAUACUUUGAAUUCCCAAGUAUUUUGUAUUCUGCUUUAAUAAAUACCACCUGAUUUAAGUAAA